AUGAAUGGCACUGACAUGGAGGAAAUACCGUUUCAGAAAGUCAAGACCAAGAGGAAGAAGUGCUGCCACUGCUGCUGCUCCCCGCCGGCUGCCGCGGCGUCGGGAGCGGGAGCCGGUUUGGGGGACCCCCCUCCCUUGCUGCUGCUGGAUGCCAUCGCCUGCGAGGACGAGUUUGACUGCAAGGAGCUGGAGGCUCUCUUCCAGAGCUACAACCUGAAGCUGGAGCAGACGUCCACCCUCAAGGCGCUGGCCGUCCUCAUCGUGCUCACCGCCAGCCUAGCCUUGGUGGAGCUGCUCUCCGGCCCCAGCCUGACCAUCUCCAAAGGUUCGCACCCGGUGCACUGCAUCAUCUUCCUCUCCCUUUUCAUCGUUACCAAUGUCAAGUACCUGCAGGUCACCCAGCUGCAGCAGAUCGUCAAGCUCACCUUGCUCUUCAGCUUCACCUUCUCCUUCCUCUGCUGCCCCUUCUCUCUCGGCGCUUAUGGCAUGGAGCCGCCCAGCGCUCCCGAGCAGGGCAUGUGGCAGCUCAUGCUGGUAACCUUCGUCUCCUACUCGCUGCUUCCCGUCCGGACGCUGCUGGCCAUCGUCUUCGGGCUGGUGGUGUCCGUCUCCCACCUCAUCGUCACCGCCACCUCCGUCAGUGCCAAGCGGCAGCGGCUCUGGAGGACGCUUGUGGCCAAUGCAAUCCUUUUUGUCAGCGUAAAUUUGUAUGGGGUCUUUGUGAGGAUUUUGACAGAAAGGGCUCAGAGGAAGGCAUUCCUUCAGGCCAGGAACUGCAUUGAGGACAGGCUGAGACUGGAGGAUGAAAAUGAAAAACAGGAACGUCUCUUGAUGAGCCUUUUGCCCAGGAAUGUUGCAAUGGAAAUGAAGGAAGACUUCCUGAAGCCUCCUGAAAGGAUUUUCCACAAGAUUUACAUUCAAAGGCAUGACAAUGUUAGUAUUUUGUUUGCAGACAUUGUGGGGUUCACUAGUUUGGCAUCACAGUGCACUGCCCAAGAGUUGGUGAAGCUGCUGAAUGAGCUUUUUGGAAAAUUUGAUGAAUUAGCUACAGAAAAUCACUGCAGAAGAAUAAAAAUCCUGGGGGACUGUUACUACUGCGUAUCAGGAUUGACCCAGCCCAAAACAGAUCAUGCCCAUUGCUGUGUUGAAAUGGGACUGGAUAUGAUUGACACCAUCACAUCUGUUGCAGAAGCCACAGAGGUUGAUCUCAACAUGAGAGUUGGAUUGCAUACAGGCAGGGUGCUUUGUGGGGUCCUGGGUCUCCGAAAAUGGCAGUAUGAUGUCUGGUCAAAUGAUGUGACAUUAGCUAACGUAAUGGAAGCUGGAGGACUGCCUGGGAAAGUUCACAUUACAAAGACCACCUUAGAGUGCCUAAAUGGGGACUAUGAGGUAGAACCAGGAUAUGGUCAUGAAAGGAAUAGUUUCUUGAAGAAGCAUAAUAUUGAAACUUAUUUUAUUGUGCCAUCCCAUCGUAGGAAGAUAUUUCCUGGACUGAUUCUCUCAGACAUUAAGCCUGCCAAAAGAAUGAAGUUCAAGACAGUCUGCUAUCUGCUUGUGCAGCUCAUGCACUGUCGCAAGAUGUUCAAAGCGGAGAUCCCUUUCUCCAACGUCAUGACGUGUGAGGAUGAUGAUAAGAGGAGAGCAUUAAGGACAGCCUCUGAAAAACUCAGGAAUCGCUCCUCUUUUUCUAACAAUAUUGUAUACAACACUCCGGGAACUCGAGUGAACAGAUACAUCAGCCGCUUGAUAGAGGCCCGGCAAACUGAGUCUGAGAUGGCUGACUUGAACUUCAUUACCCUGAAGUAUAAGCAAAUUGAGCGUGAAAAUAAAUACCACCAGCUUCAGGAUGAGUACUUCACCAGUGCUGUAGUUCUCUCACUAAUUCUAGCUGCCUUAUUUGGCCUUGUCUACCUUCUAAUAAUACCACAGAGUACCGUAGUUCUCGUUCUCCUGGUGUUCUGCAUAUGCUUCCUAGUGGCUUGUAUUAUGUAUCUACAUGUCACACGAGUACAAUGUUUUCCAGGGUGCCUGACAAUACAAAUUCGUACCAUUUUGUGUAUUUUUAUUGUGAUCUUAAUAUACUCUGUGGCUCAAGGCUGUGUGGUUGGCUGCAUGCCUUGGGUUUGGAAUACCAAUUCCAGCAGCUCAAUAGUUAUAAUUUCUCCUGGUGGAACGAAUAAAACAAUGAAUGAACUUCCAUGUGAGACGGCCCACUAUGCUUUCCUUUCCUGUGUAGUGGGGACUCUCACCUUGGCAAUAUUUCUACGCGUAUCUUCCUUGCCAAAAAUGAUUCUCCUGCUUUUUGUUACAAUUUUGUACAUAGUUAUUCUGGAACUCAGUGGUUACAGAAAAGCAGUGGGGGGCGGCUCCUUUUAUAUGCGUGGCUAUGAACCAAUACUAGCUAUUUUGCUAUUCUCUUGUGCUUUGGCACUGCAUUCAAGGCAGGUGGAUUUGAAACUGCGUCUGGACUACCUCUGGGCAGUGCAGGCAGAAGAAGAGAGAGAUGAUAUGGAGAGAGUCAAGCUGGAUAAUAAAAGAAUUCUUUUCAACCUGUUGCCAGCCCAUGUUGCACAGCACUUUCUUAUGUCUAAUCCAAGAAAUAUGGACCUUUAUUACCAGUCAUAUUCACAAGUGGGAGUGAUGUUUGCUUCCAUCCCAAAUUUCAAUGAUUUCUACAUCGAACUGGAUGGCAAUAAUAUGGGAGUGGAAUGUUUACGCCUGUUAAAUGAAAUUAUUGCCGAUUUUGAUGAGCUUAUGGACAAAGAAUAUUAUAAGGAUAUUGAAAAGAUCAAGACAAUUGGAAGUACAUAUAUGGCAGCUGUGGGACUCGUACCUACAUCAGGAACUAAGGCUAAAAAAUCAAUUUAUUCCCAUCUGAGUACACUGGCAGAUUUUGCAAUAGAGAUGUUUGACGUUCUUGAUGAAAUCAACUAUCAGUCUUACAAUGACUUUGUCCUACGUGUUGGUAUUAAUGUUGGACCGGUAGUGGCAGGAGUCAUUGGAGCCAGAAGACCACAGUAUGAUAUCUGGGGGAACACUGUGAAUGUUGCCAGCCGGAUGGAUAGUACUGGAGUGCAGGGAAAGAUUCAGGUGACAGAAGAAGUUCAGCGGAUAUUAAAAAGAUGCAGUUAUGAAUUUGUGUGCAGGGGUAAAGUCAGUGUAAAGGGAAAAGGUGAAAUGUUGACCUAUUUCCUGGAAGGAAAGGCUGAUGGAAAUAAUUCCCAAACACGGUCUUUAAACUUAGAGCGGAAAAUGUACCCUUACGGGAGAGCAAACAUUCAAACAAAACUGGGCACCAGCUGUCCAUCGGUGUCCUCAGCUGCUAGCUUUACUGUAAAACCUGGUCUUGGAGCAGGUCAAGCAUCUGCCACUCACACAAACCAAACACUGCAUUAUCUUCCUUCUGUGCCAGCUGUGAAGGAGGCAUAG